UGGCUCCGCCCUCGAACUUCGGCGACCAAUGAUUGCUCUCUCGCCGGUACGAGGGUAGCCGGCGAUCACGUGACCUGAAUGCCGGUAGAGCACGUCGCACGCGGAGUAGAAGCCGGGGGCCAAGAUGGAGGAGUACGCGCGCGAGCCAUGUCCCUGGAGAAUAGUGGAUGACUGUGGAGGUGCUUUCACAAUGGGAGCCAUUGGUGGUGGGAUCUUUCAAGCCAUCAAAGGGUUCAGAAAUUCCCCAGUGGGUGUAAAUUAUCGACUGUGGGGUAGUUUGACAGCAGUUAAAACCAGAGCACCACAGUUGGGAGGUAGCUUUGCUAUCUGGGGUGGUCUUUUUUCCAUGAUUGAUUGCAGUAUGGUGAAAGCAAGAGGAAAAGAAGAUCCUUGGAAUUCCAUCACCAGUGGUGCCUUAACAGGAGCCAUAUUAGCUGCAAGAAAUGGACCAGUGGCCAUGGUUGGGUCUGCUGCUAUGGGAGGAAUUCUUCUAGCUUUAAUUGAAGGAGCAGGUAUCUUAUUAACAAGGUUCGCGUCUGCACAAUUUCCAAAUGGCCCUCCAUUUUCAGAAGACCCCUCUCAGUUGCAGCCCUCUCCUUUUGGAGACUACCGGCAAUAUCAGUGAUUUCUUGUAUUCCAAAUUUCCACUCUUAAAAGAACAAACAUAAGCUGAAGACUUUUCAUCAAUUGUACACACCCAGAUUUUCAUGCAAGCACUUUUCACAACAUCCAGAAACAGAAGGCAUCUAUUAUUGUAACAUGGACACAGGAGAUCCAGUAUAGCUCCUUUAGUUAUGUCCUGUGUGACAAGAAGACUAACAAGCGUAUUGUAUAACAUCUUGGUUACAGUUGCAGAAAGAACUGAUCUUGUGGCCUUUAUAGUAUGGCACUGACCACACUGUUGUCACUGACUUUAAGGCAAUACCAUAUUCAUAGAAUUAUAGAGUUGGAAGAGACCCCAAGGGCCAUCAAGUCCAACCCCCAGCAAUGCAGGAACACACAGUCAAAGCACUAUUGAACCAGAUGUCUGAAGGCAGCAAGAAAUUAACAGUGGGUGCCUCGAUAAGAAGGCAGAAAAGAAGCAUGUAGAUGGACUAAAUAAAUCACAACAACUGAGGUGGGCUGCUUUUUGUUUUAUAUCAGGCUGUUGGAAUGAAGGACUUCUUAUUGGAGAUGCUGUGGGAAGUCCAUUGAAAUAUUACAGAACACUUCAUAGCAUAACAUAGUAUCUUGCAUUGUAAAGUGACUUUCUCUGAAAUUGUCUUAGGCUGUGAAACUAAGCUUUGAUUUCCACCCAAAUAAUGUAAGUUGCACACAAAGUAUUCAAUUCAAUCAGUCUCCCAGGUUUUCAAUUGACUGCUUUUAAACCAUUUAAACCAUUGUUCCGAAUAUCGUGCUGUUUUUCAGUGGACUUUCUAGGUAAACUAUGAAUCUGUCUCUUUCUAAUGACAGCCAGGUCACACUUCAAGGCAAGAAAAUAUUCUUUCCUACUUGCCUGGGAAGAUUUAGCAAAAUCAGUGACAGUUUCAGAGGUAAUAUUGCUGUCAUGGUGUUCUCAGUCAGAUAGGUAAUGAUCCCAAUUGCUCAAAAAAUCACUGUCUUGCAAAAAAGUAUGCUUGUAAAUAUGCACAGUGGAAUAAAAUUAAUUACUGCUGCUAA